AUGACACCCAUGGUGCAUCUGUUGUUGCUCCCACUCCUGUUCAGCAUUGCUGGUGGGAAGGACCUGGAGGAAAAGAAGGGCCCAUUUGAGAACAAGGUGCUGAAUGUGCCAGAGGGGACACCAGUGCCAUAUCCCAUAUAUCAGUUUCAGGUGACCCAGCCAGGUGUGAAUAAUUUCAGGCUGAGUGGAGAAGGUAAGGACUACAUUCAUAUUUCAAAGGAUGGGUGGCUCUACCUGGAGAAGCCUCUGGACUGGUCUCAAGAUAACCAUUACGCGAUCAUGGUGGAGGCACUGGCAGAUGAAACGUUAGUGGAAGGUCCAGUUGAUGUGACCAUAAAUGUGUUGGACAUCAACAACAACGCUCCGUACUUCAACCAGAGUGAAUACACAGCUGUGGUUAAAGAAAACCAAGCAAAAGGUGUCCCAUUUACCCGUGUGUUUGCGCUGGAUCAGGACGACCCCGAGACUCCUAACGCUCAUCUGCGCUACAGCCUGGUCAGCCAGAUCCCCGCCAAACAACACGUCCUCCUGUUCCAGAUAGAUCCCAUCACAGGCGAGAUCUCCACCACAGAACAAGGGGAACAGAUGCUAAAGGCCAGACAGGGCAUCAUGUAUGGCAGGGAAGAAGAUCAGAGCAUUGACGCUCUGAAGACAAAGUUUAACGACUACUGUCCAGGCCAGACGGUCCCCUAUGAAAAAAACCCCUUCUUCACCUGUGUGGAGAGAGAAGAGAUGAGGAGGAGGAAUGUGGACCCUCUGGGGGACCCAGACUACACCCUGUAUGUGCGUGUGCAGGACCAGGGAGGAGAAUCAGAGACUGCGCUGAGUGGAAAUGCCAGAGUUCACAUUGUUGUGCAGCAAAACCUGUGGAUCAAUCCUGGACCCAUAAGGGUUCAAGAAAACUUGGCAGAAACUUAUCCUCUGAAAAUUGCACAGGUCCAGUCCAAUGACCCUGAUGCCAAGUACAGCUUAAUGCAGAAAGAGAGAAUGCUGAUAUUCCCCUUCCAGAUAACAGGAAAUGGAGAAAUACUCCUGAAUGAGCCGCUUGACAGAGAAGACCACGACAUGUACAUCCUUGUGGUAUUGGCAAUGGAUAGUGAUGGCAAAGAGGUGGAUCCGCCCAUGGAGAUUCAAGUCUUGGUGCAGGAUGUGAAUGACAAUUCACCAGUGUGUGAAAAUGAGGAGAGCAUAUUUGAGCUUCAGGAGAAUGAGCCAGUAGGCAGCCUGGUUGGAGAGCUGGUGGCCCAUGAUAAUGAUGAAGAAGGGACACUGAAUGCUCAGUUGACUUACGCCAUCUUGUCCCAAAAUCCACCCACCACACCCAAUGUCUUCUCCAUCGAUUCUGCUUCCGGAAGAAUUCAGGCAUUGCGCUCGCUGCAGCGAAAAGAACACCAGCUCUAUCACCUCAGUGUCAGAGUCAGCGACCCAGCUUUCACCACAGAUUGUAAGGUCGUCAUCAAGGUCAUUGAUGUCAACAACGAGAUGCCUUUGUUUGAGAAGAAUGAUUAUGGCAACCACACUCUAGCGGAGGACACCCCUGUUGGAAGCACAGUGGCGACCAUCAGAGCGACAGAUGCCGAUGACCCAGACAGCGGCAGCUCCCUUAUCGAGUUCCACAUCUCUGCUGGCAACGAUGAUGAGGUUUUUGCUGUGGAAACAGACGGCAAAGGCGUCGGCCAGCUGGUCAUAGCUAGGCCUUUGGACUUCGAGUCCUUUUCCACCUACAACCUCAAGAUUGAUGCUCGUAACCCAGAGCCGCUCAUGAAAGGCCUGGAGUACGGCAGUGAAUCCACAGCCGUCGUCUCUGUGUCUGUCACUGACAUAGACGAGGCCCCGGAGUUUAGCCUGGACAUCCUGGAUGUGACUGUGCAUGAAAACACCACCAAGGGAUCAGUGCUGCUCAAAGUGGAGGCAAAGGACCCAGAGGGCAAAGAGAUCGGUUUCAAGUUGGAUGGUGACACUCGUGGCUGGCUGCAGAUCGAUGCUGCCACAGGAGAGGUCAAGACCAAAGGAAAGCUGGACAGAGAGGCCGUGGAGACUUUCGAAGUCACUGUCACUGCAUUUGAGAAGGAAAACCCUGAGAAGUCUACUGAGCGUGUCAUGUCUGUGAGGCUGCUGGAUGUGAACGACAACGUCCCCAAACUGACAAAGACCCAGGCCUUCAUUUGCAUAAUGAAGCCCGAACCUGUCAUCCUCCAGGCCCAAGAUGGAGACAGCGCCCCCUUCUCCCAGCCCUUCACCUUCACCCUGGCCCACACCAAGAAGUCACCCAACUGGGAACUCGUCACUCUUGACGGCACAAGAGCUAAACUGAUGCUGAAGAAAAGACCAGCUGAGGAGAAAACCAUCACACUUCCCAUUAACAUUAAAGACAAUGUAGGCCUGGGAAUCACACAGCCGUUUGAGGUGAAAGUAUGUAACUGCACAGAGCUGGGCUACUGCUACAUGGCACCAGAACAGCGUAGCUUCAGUUACGGAACGGGAGCCACCAUCGGGAUCCUGGCUGGCACCAUGGGAUUCUGCGUUAUUAUAUUCAUCAUAACGAUCAAACAAAUUAAUAAAGGGAACAAGAAGAGGAAAGCCCAGACUGAUGAGGAAGAGAAGAAUGCCAUAAUGUAGAGACACACACAAAGUCAUUUACUUUAGCUUAUUUUAUUUUAUUUGCAAGAGAGCUUGAUAAAUAGGUGCUGUGCAUACUUAGUUAAACUGUCAUGCGGUCCCAUGCUAAUCAAACAUUAAUGCACCUUCCUGACUUAAUUUAUUAAGAUGUGAGUCCCAGAAUUUGGUUGUUUCAUUAGCAGUUUCAUCAUCUCACAUAAUUGAAUUAGUUUCUGGCCCAGAGCUUGUUUUGAUAUUGCCUUCUGCUUCAAUGUAACAGCCUACUGUUGAAUGUUAAGAAUAUCUUAAAGGUUAAGCAACAUCUUUAACCCAGAAUGUCACUGUUGUCACAGAAUAAUAAAUCAUGUGUUUUGUAAUGAACAAUCACUGCUCUGUUUCCAAAUAAACAAACUGGG